UCAUUCCUACACUCUCCUUACUCUACGCAUUGCACGCCCAUCGUGUGACAGCUUUUGUUCCUAGAAACAUCUCUCACAGCCCUACGCCAUAGCAACAGUAUCUUCAGCGCCCAGCACUACACACUCCCACUCCGCCUAAGAGCAGUACCGGCUUGUCAGACCCCCGUAGCAUGAGCUCGCAAUCCUUAAAGCCCCGUCGUACCUCCACCGUCGCGCACGACCCCUUGGCAACACCGCAGGUCUACUACGGAGAGAGCCACUCGCGCAAGCAUGUCAGAGCACGUACUUACUCGGCAAAUGUAGACCGCUCUGCCCGCAAUGCCUCGCUGUCCGAGGGCGUGUCUCAGGGACGCCGUAUCAGUCAUGACGAGCAAUCCCUCCAACCCCGCCGCUUCCUUGUUCAGGUCGACGAGACCCUGAAGACGCUCCUUUCCCGAGAAGACUCGGACGGAAACUACCAGAUCACAAUCGACGACAAGGGGCCAAAGGUCUUGUCUCUCGGUACCCUGGCAUCCAAUGCCCACAACAAGUUCGAUGUGCGCGGCACAUACAUGCUCUCCAACCUGCUCCAGGAGCUCACCCUUGCCAAAGACUAUGGCCGCAAGACCAUUGUACUCGACGAAGCGCGACUGAACGAGAACCCUGUGAACCGCCUCUCUCGCCUCAUCCAGUUCUCAUUCUGGGACGGCCUUACCCGCCGCAUCGAUGGUUCCAACAUUGCAAAGGUCGGUGUCGACCCCAAGGACUGGACAGACGACCCGCGCCCACGCAUAUACAUUCCCAAAGGCGCUCCCGAACAGUACGAAUACUACACUCGAAUCGCCAGAGAGCACCCAGAUAUGCGCCUCGACGUUCAAUGGCUGAAGGAGCCUGUCGACGAUGAGCUGUACGUACGCGACCUGAACAAGGCACCGGGUCUGCUCGCUAUCGCCAUGGAGGAAUGGAUUGACCCUGAGACUGGGAAGAAGGACUUGAGGGGUCUUCCGUUUGUUGUACCUGGCGGUCGCUUCAACGAGCUCUACGGCUGGGACAGCUACAUGGAGUCGCUUGGUCUGCUUGUCAACGACCGUGUCGAUUUGGUGAAGUCGAUGGUCAUCCAUUUCUGCUUUUGCAUCAAGCACUACAACAAGAUCUUGAACGCCAACCGCACAUAUUACCUCUGCCGAUCACAACCGCCCUUCCUGACUGACAUGGCGCUGCGUGUCUAUGAACGCAUCAAGCACGAAGAUGGCGCAUUGGACUUUCUCAAAAAUGCCAUCCUCGCGGCCAUCAAGGAGUACCAUUCGGUCUGGAUGGCGGCUCCUCGAUAUGAUCCGGACACAGGUCUCUCACGCUACCGACCUACCGGUAAGGGUGUGCCACCUGAGACAGAAGCUUCGCAUUUCGAGCACGUUCUCGAACCCUACGCCCAGAAACACAACAUGAGCUUCAAGCAGUUUGUUGAGGCAUACAACUACCGCGAGGGCGUGGAUAAGGAAACCCUCGAGGAGCUGGACGAGUACUUCCUGCACGACCGCGCUGUACGAGAGUCUGGACACGACACUUCCUACCGUCUCGAGACCGUCGCCGCUGAUCUAGCAGUUGUCGAUAUCAACGCACUGCUGUACAAGUACGAGGUUGAUAUUGGUCGUGUUAUCCGCAAUCAUUUCGGCGACAAGCUCCCUAUCCCAGCCGAGUUCUGUGCUGGUGACAUGAAGCCAGGCCAGGUUGAGAACUCUGCCAGCUGGGAACGUCGUGCGAGGCUGCGACGUCAAAGGGUCGACCAGUACCUCUGGGACGAGAAGGCCGGUAUGUACUUUGAUUAUAACACUAAAAAGAAGGAACGCACCAACUACGAAUCCGCAACGACUUUCUGGCCGAUGUGGUCUGGCCUGGCAACACCACGACAAGCUCAGGCUCUUGUCGACAAAGCCCUGCCGCUGUUUGAGGUAUUCGGCGGGUUGGUAUCGGGUACUGAAAAGUCCCGUGGCGAGAUUGGUAUUGACCGCCCCAACCGACAGUGGGAUUACCCCUUUGGCUGGGCGCCGCAGCAGAUCCUUGCCUGGGUUGGAUUGCAGCGUUACGGCUUUGAUGAGGAGGCCCAGCGACUGGCUUACCGAUGGUUGUACAUGGUCUCGAAGGCUUUCGUUGAUUUCAACGGAGUCGUUGUCGAGAAGUACGAUGUCACAAGGCAGAUCGACCCCCACAGGGUCGAGGCUGAGUACGGAAACCAGGGCAGUGACUUCAAGGGCGUGCCUCGCGAAGGUUUUGGGUGGGUCAACGCCAGUUACAUCUACGGCAUGACGCUUCUCAGCGCCCACCAGCGUCGCGCACUCGGUGCUCUCACCAAGUGGGACGACUACGAAAGGGCCAUGGCCAACCUUGGACUGAACUAAGCGCUCAUACGUUCAGCAGCUUUUGGAGUGUGCUUGCUUAGCGGCGUUGGAGAUGCUUGAGAAAAGCAUGGUGCACAGUAGACAGCGUUGCCUUUACGUAGACUCUAGAAACCUAUGAUCAGCGAAUGAUAUUGAUACCGUCCUACCCAUCUUCGC